CAGAUUUGCAGAAGUGAAAGUGUUUCUCCUUCAGCCUCGGGACCAUUUUGUUGCUGUUCGGAGAAAAUAAUAAAACUAAAGAAAAACUGCAACUCCAGGCAGAAGCGGUGAGAUGAAUGAAGCCCAGCAUGGAGUGCUGAGUAAAACUUUUUUAGUGAAGGCAUCACAGCUGACCUGCUUCCACUUCAAACUGUUUCUCCUGCCUUCCAGCAGAGGUCUCCCUCCCCUGAUUACUGAACUGUCCACCUCAUCUCCUGUGGAGAUGGACACGGAGACUUGUCUUCUGCAUCUAACAUGACAUAACACUGCUGAGCGUCAUUCAUUCAACUCAUGAGUAAUUCAAGAGAUCAGCGUCUUCAGGAAUCAGCAGUGAGUCCAUGAGCUGUGUGUCCGUCCACUAAUAUUCAAAAAUGGAGAGCUGUGAUCUGGACACAGAUAAUGUGACCCCACCCUCAGAAAAGCGUGAACUCCAGAGAAAGAGAUCAGACUCCCCAGAACCCAGCUGUGUCUCCAUGAAGAGCGAUCGGUCUAUGGAUCGUCCUUUGGAGUUUAAAAAUAGAGACUCCUCACCUGUACGCAGUGAACUCCAGAGAAAGAGAUCAGACUCCCCAGAACCCAGCUGUGUCUCCAUGAAGAGCGAUUGGUCUAUGGAGCCUCCUUUGAAGUUUAAAAAUAGAGACUCCUCACCUGUACACAGUGAAGUCCAGAGAAAGAGAUCAGACUCCCCAGAACCCAGCUGUGUCUCCAUGAAGAGCGAUCGGUCUAUGGAUCGUCCUUUGGAGUUUAAAAAUAGAGACUCCUCACCUGUACACAGUGAACUCCAGAGAAAGAGAUCAGACUCCCCAGAACCCAGCUGUGUCUCCAUGAAGAGCGAUUGGUCUAUGGAGCCUCCUUUGAAGUUUAAAAAUAGAGACUCCUCACCUGUACACAGUGUUUUACAGAAGGCAGGAGACAGAAGAGAAAAGAUCUUCAUCACAGACACAGGACACGCCCCAGAAUCUCCUGCUGCAAAUGAAUUCCAGAAAAAGUUCAGAUUAAAUCUGAAGGAGAAGUUUCAGUGUUUAAAUGGAGUGAUGAUAAAGCCAGAAACGCGAGCGCUCCUGAAUGAGAUUUACACCGAGCUCUACAUCACAGAGGGAGACAGUGGAGACGUCAAUAAAGAACAUGAGGUGAGACGGAUCGAGGCAGCAUCCAGGAGAAAAACAACAGAGGAAACACCAAUCAAAUGCAACGACAUCUUUAAGCCCUUAUCUGAAGAAGACGAACCCAUCAGAACUGUAGUGACAAAGGGCGUGGCUGGUAUCGGAAAAACAGUCUCUGUGCAGAAGUUCAUUGUGGACUGGGCUGAAGGGAAAGCAAAUCAGGACGUCCCCCUCAUAUUUCCACUUCCUUUCAGAGAGCUGAAUCUGAUGAAGGACAAAAAACGGAGUCUGCUGGAGCUCCUUCAUGUCUGUUUUAAGGAAACAAAAGAAACCGAAAUGUCCAGGAUGGAAAAGGUUCUGUUCAUUUUUGAUGGAUUGGAUGAGUGUCGUUUCCCUCUGGAUUUCCGGAACACAGUGAGAGUGUGUGAUGUAACUGAAUCAGCAUCAGUGCGUGUGCUGCUGAUAAACCUGAUCAAAGGGAAUCUGCUUCCCUCUGCUCUCAUCUGGAUCACCUCCCGACCAGCAGCAGCUGAUCAAAUCCCCUCUGAGUACGUCCAUCGAGUCACAGAGGUACGAGGGUUCAAUGACCCCCAGAAGGAGGAGUACUUCAGGAAGAGGGUCAGUGAUCGGAGCCUGGCCGAGAACAUCAUCACACACCUGAAGUCAUUAAGAAGCCUCUACAUCAUGUGUCACAUCCCAGUCUUCUGCUGGAUUUCAGCCGCUGUUCUCGAGAGAAUGUUGGGUGAAGCAGAGAGUGGAGAGAUCCCCAAGACUCUGACUCAAAUGUACACACACUUCCUCAUCAUUCAGACAAACGUCAUCAGAGAAAAAUACUCAAAGAAGCAGGAGAGUGAUGAAGAAAUGCUGCUGAAACUGGGAAAACUGUCUUUUGAGCAGCUGAAGAAAGGCAACCUGAUCUUCUAUGAGCAAGACCUGAGAAGGUGUGGCAUUGAUGUGACAGAAGCAGCAGUGUACUCAGGUGUGUGUACGCAGAUCUUCAGAGAGGAGCCUGGGCUUCACCAGAGUAAAGUGUACUGCUUUGUUCAUCUGAGCAUUCAGGAGCAUCUCGCAGCUCUGUAUGUGCAUCUGACCUUCAUGAAGGAAAAGAGAAAUGUUCUUGAUCAGGAUAAUUCCUGGACAAGAAAAAUGUAUAAAAAAAUAAAUGUUCUUGGUCAGAGUCGGUCCUUUCAGACAAUUUCAGAUGUACACAGGAGUGCUGUAGAUCAGACCUUAAAAAGUCAGACUGGACAUCUGGAUCUGUUCCUCCGCUUUCUUCUGGGUCUCUCACUGGAGUCCAAUCAGAAACUCUUACAUGCCUUAGUAACACAGACAGGAAGUAGCUCCCAGAGCAAAAAGGAAGCAGUUCAGUACAUUAAGAAGAAGAUCAGUGAAGAUCUUCCUGCAGAAAAAUCCAUCAAUCUGUUCCACUGUCUGAAUGAACUGGGUGAUGAUUCUCUCGUGGAGGAAAUCCAACGCUACCUGAAAUCUGGGAAACAAAGUGAACUCUCUCCUUCACAGUGGUCUGCUCUGGCGUUUGUGUUACUGACUUCAGCACAGGAGCUGGAGGAGUUUGACCUGAGGAAAUAUACCAGAACAGAGAAGGUAACACAUGAGGUUCUUGUGAAGGUGAUGCCUGUGAUUGCAGCAUCCAGAAAAGCAGUGUUGUGGCGGUGUGGUGUCUCAGAUGAAGGCUGUGCUGCUCUGAGUUCAGCUCUGAGAUCAAACCCCUCACACCUGAGACACCUGAAUCUGUCCGAUAAUAAACUCGGAGACUCAGGAGUGAAGCGUCUCUGUGCUGGACUGGAGAAUCCUCACUGUAAACUGGAGAGACUGUGGUUGGGGUAUUGUGGUGUCUCAGAUGAAGGCUGUGCUGCUCUGAGUUCAGCUCUGAGAUCAAACCCCUCACACCUGAGAGACCUGAAUCUGUCCUCUAAUAAACUCAGAGACUCAGGAGUGAAGCGUCUCUGUGCUGGACUGGAGAAUCCUCACUGUAAACUGGAGAGACUGUGGUUGUGGGGUUGUGGUGUCUCAGAUGAAGGCUGUGCUGCUCUGAGUUCAGCUCUGAGAUCAAACCCCUCACACCUGAGAUACCUGAAUCUGUCCUCUAAUAAACUCAGAGACUCAGGAGUGAAGCGUCUCUGUGCUGGACUGGAGAAUCCUCACUGUAAACUGGAGACACUGGGGUUGGAGGAUUGUGGUGUCUCAGAUGAAGGCUGUGCUGCUCUGAGUUCAGCUCUGAGAUCAAACCCCUCACACCUGAGAGACCUGGAUCUGUCCUUUAAUAAACUCGGAGACUCAGGAGUGAAGCGUCUCUGUGCUGGACUGGAGAAUCCUCACUGUAAACUGGAGACACUGAGGUUGUGUUAUUGUGGUGUCUCAGAUGAAGGCUGUGCUGCUCUCGCUUCAGCUCUGAGAUCAAACCCCUCACACCUGAGAGUACUGAAUCUGUCCGGAAAUGAAAUAAGCGACUCAGGAGAGAAUCUGCUCUCUGCUCUUCAGAAUGAACAUUACAAACUACAGAUACUGAGGUUCGCUUGGAGAUGAACAUGUGUGUGAGAUGAAGACUCUGGUGUUCCUGCAUUUCCAUGUUGGCGAACAGACAACACAUUCAUAAAUACAUCAGUCAUUUAGUUCUAACAAAUGAAAGAGACUCGGAGACGUGGUCAGUGUGUGUUCAUGGUGCACAGUGAAUCAGACUGCACACAAUUCUACACUGAAUGUGGAACAACUUGUGAUCUGCAUGAAACUGCCUGGACCUCAGUCCCUUAAAAACCCUGAAAGAGCAGGUGGAAAAGCACAGGGACUCGAUCUGAACCCAGUCAUUGGAAGAGGGAGCUGAAAUGCACAGGAACAGUUUCAGGACAUUGGUGGGAUUCUCACCUGACAGGAUCAGCAUUUGGGGAGUUAAUCUGAGGCCCCGAGGAGACUCACUACAAGGCACAUUUAUCACUUUGUCCUUUGGUUGGUGUUUAAUGUAGUGUUUUUUUAAUAUCGUCUUUUUUGUAAGAAAUGGAUGCUGUGUGCUCCAGACCAAAGAGGAAAAGGACCAUCCAGACUGUUAGCAGGAACAAGUCCAAAAGCCAGGGUGUGUCAUGGUAUGGGGUUGGGUCAGUGCCCUUGGCGAAGGUAACUUACACUUCUGUGAUGGAGCAUUAAUGCAGAAAAGUGCACUGAGAUUUUGGAGCAACAUCUGCUGCCUUCAGGACGACGUCUUUUCCAGGGAGAUUUCAACAAGACGAUGCAAAACCUCAUUCUGCUCACAUUACAAAGGCGUGGCUGUGGAAGAAGAGGGCGUGUCCCCUCUGUCCCCAAUAGAGAAUGUGUGGAGAAUUUAGAAAUUAAAAAUAUGACAGUGAUGACCCCGAACUGUUCCACACCUUAAAACCUGUUUACAGGAAGAACGGGGCAAAAAUAAGACCUGAAACACUUCAUCACUUGGAGUCUUCAGUCCAUAAACAUCUUUGAAGUGUUGAGAAGGAACAGGAACAUUAGAAAGUGGUAAAUACUUUACUGUAACAACUUUUUUCAAAUGCAUCGCAAGACUUAAAAUUGAAAUGUGUAUUUUUAAAAACAAAAUUCAUGAGGUAAAACACCAAAUAACGUGCUGUUGUAUUGUUCCGAGUGCAAAACAGGUCAAAGAUUAUUGACAAAAUCAUUGUUUUCAAUUUUAAUUUUAAAUUCAACAUACCAUCCCAACUUUUUCUGAUUUAGGGUUGUAUUAUAAACUACACUGAGAGGGCGGAGAUUUGUUUCUGAUGUGUUCUGAUCGGAAAUAUCUGUAUCAUCUAUUGUUGGUAAUAUCAACAAUGAAAAUUAUUUUCCUGACCUGUAGGGUGAAAACAUUUAAUAAAAUGAUCUAUUUUCAUGCAACAAUUUAUUUUAUUUUAUUUCUGACUGAAUUAAUAUGGGGCUGAAAGAAAGUUGCGAGUCAAGGCAGAACCCAAGUAUUUAAAUUCCUGUACCUUCUUGAGUG